CCGAGACCGGCACACCGCGGGGUGCGGGAGAGCCGCUUGGCUGGUGGAGCCGCGGCCGAGGCCGGGAUGGCGGCGCCGCUCGCUCCGCGCGGGGGAGCCGGCGUUGCCGGCCAGUGCUGGUUGGUGUUGCUGCCGCCCCUGUUGCUGGCGCUGCUGCUAGCGCGGUCCGCGGGGGCCCUGGUGGAGGGGCUCUACUGCGGCACGCGCGACUGCUACGAAGUGCUGGGCGUGAGCCGCACGGCGGGCAAGGCGGAGAUCGCGCGGGCCUACCGCCAGCUGGCCCGGCGCUACCACCCCGACCGCUACCGGCCUGAGCCUGGCGACGAGAGCCCCGGACGGAUGCCGCAGAGCGCGGAAGAGGCCUUCCUGCUGGUAGCGACCGCCUACGAGACUCUUAAGGAUGAAGAAACACGAAGAGAUUAUGACUACAUGCUGGAUCACCCAGAAGAGUACUAUAGCCAUUACUACCACUACUACAGCAGGCGCUUAGCCCCUAAAGUGGAUGUUAGAGUUGUGAUUUUGGUCAGUGUAUGUGCUAUUUCAGUGUUUCAGUUUUUCAGCUGGUGGAACAGCUACGACAAGGCAAUCAGCUACCUAGCCACAGUGCCCAAAUAUCGUAUCCAAGCCAUGGAGAUUGCCAAGCAGCAGGGGUUACUCAGAAAAGCCAAAGAGAAGGGCAGAAACAAAAAGUCCAAAGAGGAAAUUCGUGACGAGGAGGAGAAUAUCAUAAAAAACAUUAUAAAAAGUAAAAUAGAUAUAAAGGGAGGCUAUCAGAAACCCCAGAUAUGUGAUCUUCUCCUGUUUCAAAUUCUCUUAGCACCUUUUCACCUGUGCUCAUACAUAGUCUGGUAUUGUCGGUGGAUCUAUAAUUUUAACAUCAAAGGUAAAGAAUAUGGAGAAGAAGAAAGGCUAUAUAUCAUACGGAAAUCCAUGAAGAUGUCGAAAUCUCAGUUUGAUAGUCUAGAAGAUCAUCAGAAAGAAACUUUUCUUAAACGAGAGCUCUGGAUAAAGGAAAAUUAUGAGGUUUAUAAACAAGAACAAGAGGAAGAACUAAAGAAAAAAUUGGCAAAUGACCCCAGAUGGAAGAGAUACAGGAGAUGGAUGAAGAAUGAAGGGCCUGGACGGUUAACGUUUGUGGAUGAUUGAGGAUUGCUGGAAUGCUACUAUGCCAAACCUUAAUUGUGAUAUUUUCAUAACUGAAUUAUUUUAGAAAUGAAUCAACUGCUCCUCAGCAGUACUUAAAAUUCCUCAAAUAUUUGAUUAAACAGAAUAAUGUAGAAAUUUAAAUUUUCCCUUAAAACUUUAUACAUAAGACAUUUAUUAUGAUUGUUCAAUUUUUAUAAUCUAUUUGUGGAUUUUGUUAAAUGAUCUGACAUGAAGAUUUACUUGUUGCCAUUUAAAAUUUUUAUAUGUUUAGUUAAAAGAUUUGACAUGAAAAUUUAUUAGAUACCAUUUAAAAUUUU